AUGGCAGAAACAGGAGGAUUUCUCGACACCCAUACAACAUCUACCUACUCGCCUACGACAACUACGCAGACGGCGUCACCAAGAGUCCGGUGUACUAUCGACAAAGGAUAUGCCACAUCACUGCCUAGUAUCAUUAGGAUAGUAGAGAUUCUCACAAUCAUGGCAGAAACAGGAGGAUUUCCCGACACCCAUACAACAUCUACCUACUCGCCUACGACAACUCAGCAGACGGCGUCACCAAGAGUCCAGUGUACUAUCGACAAAGGAUAUGCCACAUCACUGCCUAGUAUCAUUAGGAUAGUAGAGAUUAUUGUCGGAUUCAUGUACUGGACAGUGGUGUCCAGUUACUGGUUCGGGUGCGUUAAUCAUUCUACUGGUUGGUAUAACUGGGUAAUCUUUGUCUCUGUGACCACAUGGGUCAUCACGGUCAUACUCUUCAUUUUUUUCCUCUUAUCGCUGACCAAACAGGUGACCAUUAUCAACUGGGUGCUAACGGAGCUGAUCAACAAUGCUGCAGCUUGUUUGCUACAUUUCAUAGCUGCAAUAUUCAUCAGUAUAAAGGCUGGCCAACCUGCUGGGAGAUAUGAGCACGGAAAGAUUAUAUGGGGAUGUUUGGAAAAGUUUAUGUAG